UUGCACUGCCAGGGCGUGGGUCUCUAAGUUGGACAGGCAUGUUCGGUGUCCCCGUUGCCCCCAAGAAGUUGUGACUCCAACACAGAAAAGCCUGAUCAGGAGAUCCCAAAGCAGACUGGGGAGAGACUCCACAAAUAGAGAACUUCAUCCAGCCCCGGGGUUAGUCCUAGGGCAGAAGAGGAUUAGGAAGACCAUAUCCCUUAGGCAUCUCAGGGCCCCACAAAGCCCUAAAAUGGGUCCCCAGUUCCCUGGAGAGAGAGGCAGAGCUUAUAUCAAGCUCUUUCCUGGUUUGAAUCAAGGAGUUCCAGCAAUGAGCCCUGGGCAGGGGGAUUGGGACCUGAAGGGGACCAUCCUGAGGGAGACCUAUCCAGAGGACUCAAGGCCCUGCAUAAAGCAGGCUGCAAAAGACCACUCCUGACAACAGCUAGGCAGCAAUGCUUGUAAAGUAGGCCAACCCCCCUCCUCCCCCCCCCCACACACACAGAAGCUGGAGUGGGGGAGGGGAAUAGGGACAAAAACCCUAAGAUCUGUCUUCUGACAAACUCCUUUUCUACUGAGGAAGGGGCGUGCUCAUCUUCAGGCUUUGAGAAGUACAUGGAGGGGAAAAAUGCUACAAAGGUUUUUCCUGAAAUCUUUUAAAGCCUUGUGCAAAAAAGUUGUAUCCACAAUCUAGAUCAACCCUGAGCAGGUGCUGGAGGACAAGCCCAAAGGCAAAUACCUGUCUCUAAAUCCUCACCUGUGACAGCAAUCCCCCUGCACCCAUCCUGUGAGGAAGUGGUGAGAAAAGAAUGGGGAAACCCCUGACGAGGGUAAAUACAAAAACAGGCAUCCGCCUACAAGCCUUUUUAAAGCAUAUAUUUCUACCCCACUACAAAGCUCAGCUUCAAAGGUGGGAGCUGUUUUUUUCCUUUUCUCUAUUGAACCACAUUUUAAAUAGCCCCUGCAAAGCCUGCUCCUGACAGGCUCUAUUCAAGAGUCUGCUGCCUAGCAAUGGCAACCUUUAAAUUUUUCAUUCUCACACCCAUGCUAAUAAAUGUAUUAAGUUAGAAAUAUUGUUGAGUACCCUACCUAAAUCAAGGUAAUAAGGCACAAGCGAGGGAAGGGUACCUUUCAAAGGACCUUAAUAAGGAUCUGGGUAAUUAAUGACAAAUGACUUUAUUUUUUUUAUUAGCCCUGUUAAUUUUUUUGUGAGCAAACAACUUGUCCCUCCUACCCCACUUGCUGCCCACCCGAAGAAGAAGAAUCUAUUUUAGGGGAUCUGGUGGGGGGUCAAAUAGCAAUUCCCCAUGCUUCACGGGUGAGCCUAGGCUUGAUUUCAAAUUUAACUUAAAAAAUAAAGCUUGCAAUACACAGCUUAAUAAUUUAUAAAGUAGCUCUUUGACUUUUGGUCAAAUGUUUUAUUGCUACUUAAGCAGCUUUGCUGCCAACGAAAUACAUAGCAGUGUUGGGAAGAGAAACCAGGUGAGUUACUGUAAGUGAGUUGCCAUAUGCAAAAAUGCCAACCUUGGAUGACAUUCUAGAGCAUAUUGGGGAAUUUGGCUUGUUCCAGAAGCAAGUCUUUUUUGUCUUAUGCUUCAUGUCUGCUGCCUUCCCACCUAUUUACAUGGGUGUCAUCUUCCUGGGGUUCACUCCUGAACACCGCUGUCUCAGUCCUGGAGUUGCUGAGUUGAGCAGCCGAUGUGGCUGGAGUCUAGCAGAGGAGCUGAAUUACACCGUUCCAGAGCAGGGGAGACAUGGGGAGUCUUUCUCUAGUCAGUGCAGGAGGUACGACGUGGACUGGAACACAACUGGCCUCAGCUGCAUAAACCCCUUAGAAAACUUCACCGGUUAUGGCAACAGGAGCAGUAUCCCUCUUACCCCCUGUCAAGAUGGCUGGGUUUACGAUUCUUCAGGAUCAUCCAUCGUGACUGAGUUUAACCUGGUGUGUGAGGACUCCUGGAAGGUGGAUCUCUUUCAGUCCUGCGUGAAUGCUGGCUUUUUUUUGGGCUCGAUGUACAUCGGCUACAUAGCAGACAGGUUUGGCCGUAAACUUUGCCUUAUAGUGACAAUCCUUGUAAGUGCCACCUCUGGAGUUCUUGUGGCCUUCGCACCAAGCUACCUUUGGGUGGUGAUCUUCCGCUUCCUACAAGGACUGGUCAGCAAGGGCAGCUGGACAGCAGGCUACAUCCUGAUCACAGAAGUUGUUGGCCCAAGCCAUAGGAAGACAGUGGGAAUUCUCUAUCAAAUGGCCUUUACAGUUGGACUUCUCCUGUUCGAUGGUGUUGCUUAUGCUAUUCCUCACUGGAGAUGGUUGCAGCUUACUGUUACUCUACCAUGCUUCCUCCUCUUGCUCUAUUACUGGUGUCUGCCUGAGUCUCCAAGGUGGCUGAUAUCUCGGAAGCAAAAUGACAAGGCCAUGAAGAUUGUGGAAUAUAUUGCCAAAAAGAAUGGGAAAAAGCUGCCUGCCCAUUUUAAGAAUAUUAACCUUGAAGAGGAAGAUGGGGAAAAUCUGAGUCCUUCAUUCAUGGACCUUGUCAGGACACCUCAGAUGCGGAAAAACACAUUCAUUUUGAUGUAUAACUGGUUGGCCAGCUCUCUUCUGUACCAGGGGAUCAUCAUGCACAUGGCAAUGGCUGGUGAGAACAUGUAUCUGGAUUUCUUCUAUUCUGCCCUUGUUGAAUUUCCAGCUGCCUUCAUUAUCCUUCUCACAAUCAAUCGCAUUGGCCGUCGCUAUCCCUGGGCUGUGGCAACUCUGGUGGCAGGGGCUGCCUGUCUCAUUAUGGCUUUAAUCCCCGAGGAUAUCCACUGGCUAAAAGUGACUGUAGGUUGCAUUGGGAGAAUGGGAAUUACAGUGUCUAUUGAAAUGGUUUGCUUUGUAAACACUGAACUGUACCCAACCUUUUUGAGGAACCUUGGUGUAAUGGUCUGCUCUUCCUUUUGUGAUGUUGGUGGGAUACUAGCCCCGUUCAUUGUCUACAGGAUGGCAGAGAUCUGGCAUGAGCUGCCACUUAUAGUUUUUGCUGUGGUUGGUUUAAUUGCUGGUGGAUUGGUGUUGCUGCUGCCUGAAACCAAAGGGAAAACGUUGCCUGAGACUAUUGAAGAUGUAGAAAACUUGCAUAGGCAAGAAAAUCCUAGGGAGAAAAUUAUCUACCUCCACGUGCAAACGCAGGAAGUUGCACACUCCAAAUGUGAUCGGUCUUUGGCACAAUAAUAUAAAGAGUUUUUUUAAAAUAACACACACCGUAGAACCUUGAUUCCUUUUAUGCACCUCUGAUCCCUGGUUCCACAUACUUAAGGUUUUUUCCUGCUUCAUUGUCCAAAAGGCACAGCAAGUUACCAAGUACCUUCUUCCCUCUUACCAUAUUAUAGUGUAUUUACAUUUUAGGACAGUAGUUUUGAAACUUUUGGUUGCCAGUCACGCAGACAACACAUGUAUCUAUUCAGAUACUUGCAGUGCCAUCAUCUCUGUAGUAUCUGAGUACUUAUUAAUACAGAUAUUACUUUAGGGUAUGUCUACACUGCAGUGAAACCCCAGGGUUAGUAGAACUUGAGUCAGCUGACCCAUGUUAGAGAACCCUGAACUUGAAAGUCUACACUGGUUGAUUAAUAAUCCUACAUUAAGAUUUUUCUGGGGUUGAACCUGGGCUCUGGCAUCCACACUGCAGCACACUUACCCAAAUCAAACUAACCAUAUCCCAAAGUCCCUAGUGCCCUCCUGAAAUGUGGCCACUCUAGCCCUUUGACUGUGAUGCACUGUGGGCAAACUUUACUGACCACCCUGCAUGCUACAGAAAGUUUGAACAGCUCACCAACGCAACCUGCUGAGCAGUCAUUUUGAUCUUUGUGCUCCCAGCUACUGGAGCCAGCAAGAUGGAGGUGGUGCCUUUUGACAAGCUUCUCCUUUUGUCUUCGCUCCUGUGUCAGGAAAGGGGCAGAACUUUCAUGAGGUGCUUUUCAGUGGUGUUUUCUGACCCACCAAAGGUACCUGAUGGAUAAUGGAUUUCAUGAUGGAGCAGGAGGAGGCAGAGGAGGAAGAGUACCCUGUUUUGGCAGACCUACAGUGGCAAAUGCUCCUUAGUAUAAUCAGCAUAUUUGUUGAUGCCCCCUAUGUACACUGGUGCUUCUGGCAUAGCCUGGUGGGAUCACAUCAUUAUGCAGAUCUGGAAUGACCAGCAGUGGGUACGGCUUGCUCCUACCCUCCAGUGUAGAUGAGGGCACCCUUGCUGGUCCAGAAGCAGGUUGCUAUAACCAUCUGGAAGCUGGCUACCCCAGACUGCUACAGAUCUGUUGCCAACCAGUUUGGUGUUGGAAAGAUGACUGUCAGUAAAGUGCCUCAGGAACCACCACCACUAGUCAGGUGUGUGGUUUGCCCCAAGGUGGCGGGAACUAAAGAUAAUCCUGAGGUAAUUGCUGGCUUUGAGAGAAUGGAGGUUCCUAACUGCACUGAGGCCAUUGACUAACCAUUAUCCAAGACCUCCACCUCCAGCCCACAACUCCAGUCCAGUUUAGAUUUCUGGUCUCAACUCUCACUACAUCCCUUUGGAAGCCCCAUUCAUUUCCUUUUCCCAUUCUAGUCUCCCUGUUGGUCACUCCUUACUUCUUACUGAGUGUGUCCUGCUCAUUCCAUCUGCACAGCAACCACCUUCUCCAUAAGACCGAUAAUCACUAGAAGUGAACCGUUCAGACACCUCUCCAGAGUGCCCCAUUAUCACAGUGUCUGUCUUAGAUUCCAAGCACUUUGGGGCGGGGUGGUUUUCAUUCUGAAUCUUGUAGCGAGCCAAGCACACUGCUGGCACUAAAUAGUUAAUAACAAGCCAGGUGAGAAGAGGUUGCAGCUGAGCCUGAAGAUUCCUGCUAAACUCCUUCUGGGCCUGGUGGAAUUUGUGGUGUAACCUUGUCCCAGAGGAGUUGGCAAUUGAUGAAGUACAAUGAGCUUGUUCUUGGUUUGGAUUUGACUGAACUGCAAUUAAUUUUGAGAUGUCUUAUGAGUCCAUCUAGGAGAAACCAUGCCACCAACCUAACAAACCUGGUAACUCAGAAGUUUUCUAGUUUAUUAAUUUAUCUAAUGAGCACACGUAGAAAAGCUGUGUGUGGCAAACAAAAUGAAAAAGACAUGCAAUGAGAACAGUUGAGUCUGAGAGGAAUAAAUCAGAGUGCGAAGACCAAAUGUAAAAAUUCCUUCCAGGAUUUGAAUGUCUAUAAAUACAGCUGUGUUGAAAUAAAAAGCUGCAUAGUACA